AUGGCCGACCAGACCCAGCCAGCAGCUCAGUCCCAGGCCAAUCAGGGCAGCUGGGGAGCUUUCCUCAAGUCCAUCGCCUCCUUCAACGGCGACCUCUCCUCCCUAACGGCCCCGCCCUUCAUCCUCUCGAGCACCUCCCUGACCGAGUUUUCCUCCUACUGGUGCGAGCACCCCUCCAUCUUCGCCGCUCCCGCGAAGGAGACCGAUCCCGCCAAGCGCGCCCUCCUCGUCACAAAAUGGUUCAUCACCACCCUCAAGCAGCAGUACGCCUCUCGCAGCGAGCAGUACGGCAACGAGAAAAAGCCCCUCAACCCCUUCCUCGGCGAGCUCUUCCUCGGCAAGUGGGAGGACGAGGCUGGCACCACCGAGCUCAUCAGCGAGCAGGUCAGCCACCACCCUCCCGCGACGGCAUACUCCAUCACCAACCUCGACUCGGGCGUCCACCUCGAGGGCUUCAAUGCUCAAAAGGCCACCUUCAGCCGCACCAUCAAUAUUAAGCAGAUCGGCCAUGCCGUCCUGUCCCUCCCCUCCCCCGAGGCUGGUAAGACCGAGACGUACCUCAUCACCCUCCCCGCCCUGCAUAUCGAGGGCCUUAUCUUCGGCGCCCCUUUCAUCGAGCUCGAAGGUACCUCCUUCAUCACCUCGUCCACCGGCUUUACCUCCAAGAUCGACUACUCGGGCAAGGGCUGGCUUUCGGGCAAGAAGAACAGCGUCACCGCCAGCAUCUACCCCACCGGCAAGGAGAAGGACGUCGCCUACAACAUCACCGGAGUCUGGACAAAGUCGUUUGAGAUCCACGAGGGCAGUUCCAAGCACAACUCGUCGAAGACACUAGUCGAAACGUACGACGCCGCCGAGCAACCGACCUCGAAGCUCAUCGUUGCUCCCAUCGACAAACAGCACCCGCUCGAGUCGCGCCGCGCCUGGAAGGGCGUCGCUGACGGCAUCGCCAAGGGCGACAUGGAACUUGUCUCCCGCGAGAAGAGCGCCAUUGAGAAGGCCCAGCGCGAGCUCCGCGCCAAGGAGAAGGCCGAGGGCCGCACAUGGGAGCGCAGGUACUUCACCGACCGCCAGGCCGACGGCGACGCCGUCCUCGAGUCUCUCGGCCCCAACGUCGGCCUGCCGGCCACGGGAGACGCCGACAAGACGGGCGGCCUCUGGCGGUACGACGCUGAGAAGGCGCAUAAGGUCCGCAGCCAGCCCCCCCUCAACGAAGCCGACCAGGCUAAGAUGGCCGAGGAGAUUCUGGGACAGAAGUCAUCAUAG